AUGUCGGUUGAACAAUUGAAUCAUCAACUGUCUUUGGCUCAUGCUCGAAUCACUUCUCAGGAUCGGCAAAUUGCUUCUCAAGAUCAGCAAAUUGCUUCUCAGGAUCAGAAAAUUGCUUCUCAGCAAACUCAACUUAACAAAUUGACCAGAAUGAUUGGACUUCCAGCGGUGUUCGUUGGUUAUGGUGGCCGGUUUGAGCGUAGAUCCUGCAGUCUUUAUGCUCUGGGAUUUACUGGAACAGUGCCUUUUAGUCUUUGCAAUGACAAAAACUUUAUUUUCAUUAAUUCGCAAUGGGAAUUAAAGUCUGAUCCUGGACGAAAACUCCUUCUGGACGUGGACGAAAUUGAAGGUCCGAUAACAAUUGGUUCUGGAAUUGUUUGGCCAUCAACGAAUAAAUUCUACAAGAGUGAAGUUCCGCAUAUUUUUUUCACGAUCAAUGGGCAAAAGAUUGGGAAAUAUAUUCCUGUUGACUCUUCCUCGGAUAUGUUCCAUCCAAAAUAUGACUCCCAUGGUGAUGAUGCUGUGGUUAAUGUUAGUCUUGCUGAAGGUUUCCGCUAUGAUGUGGUCAACCAAGACUUUGGAGACGAUGUGUACAAUGAGGAAGACUGGGACAUUUAA